CCCACUCACAAUUCAACAUCAUCAAACCACACUGCAACUGUGUGUUCUCUUCAUUUCUUUCUUCUGUAACCUUUGCCAUGGCUUCCCACAAGCUCAUUGCUGCCAUUUUUGUGCUUUCCCUCCUCUCUUACUCAACAUUCUCCCACGCCUGCGGCUCAUGCAACCCCACCCCCAAGCCGAAGCCGAAGCCGACGCCAGCACCAGCAGGCAAGUGCCCUAAGGACACGUUGAAGCUAGGAGCUUGUGCUGACCUUCUAGGACUUGUUAACGUUGUUCUUGGAUCCCCUGCUUCGAGCAAGUGCUGUGCAUUGUUGGAGGGUUUGGCUGAUUUGGAGGCAGCAGUUUGCCUCUGCACUGCUGUUAAGGCCAAUGUGCUUGGAAUCAACUUGAAUGUUCCUGUCACGCUCAGCGUCCUCCUUAGUGCUUGCCAGAAAACGGUUCCUUCUGGUUUCCAAUGUGCAUAAGAUUCAAGUCGAUCCUGUCUUUCACUUGAUUUUCGUUUGGAUUAUAUUGAACUCAGUGUCGAUCCAUAUUUGAGUAACAUGUCGUUGAUGGAUUGGGAUAUGUGUCCAAAUGGGCAUUAUUGUUAUUUUGUGUUUUUGCAUAUAUCAGUUUCAUGUGGGUUGUGUGAUGUGUUUCGUGCUAAUUAAUAAUGGGGCAAGCCUUUUUGCCUUAUUUAGUAUCUUUGUUCUUUUAGUUUUAGUAAAUAAUUUAGGGAAAUUCCUUUUGAUGAUUGCGUUUCAUGCUUAAUUUGUGCAAUUCGUCGGAUAAUUGUAAUUUUCUUCUUCUUUAUUGGAUAUGUUGGAGGUGUGAAAA